UAAAUAAAAUCGUAGACUACACGUGACUUCCAUUACUAAUAUUUUUUAGUUUUCUAAAUACGAUUUAAUAUGACUCAAAUGACAGAAAUGGAAACCUAUGUAUUUAGAGCCAAAUUGGCAGAACAAGCUGAAAGAUACGAUGAGAUGGUCGAAUAUAUGCGAAAAGUUGCCCAAAUGAAUGUUGAGUUAUCGGUCGAAGAAAGAAACCUUUUAUCAGUAGCAUAUAAAAAUGUCAUAGGAGCGAGACGUGCAUCUUGGAGAAUUAUUAGCAGCAUUGAACAGAAAGAGGAAGCCAAGCCAUCCGCAAACGACAAAUCAACCUUAAUACAAAGAUUUAGAAAUACAAUUGAAGAGGAAUUACGUAAAAUAUGUGGCGAAAUAUUGGAGGCACUUGAAAAACAUUUGAUUCCGGGCGCUACGACAGAUGAAUCAAGGGUAUUUUAUUAUAAAAUGAAAGGAGAUUAUCACAGAUAUUUAGCGGAAUUUGCAACUGGCGAUGAUCGCCAUAAAGCAGCUGAUGAUAGCUUAGUGGCAUAUAAAGCUGCAAGCGAUAUAGCUUUGAUAAAAUUACAACCUACUCAUCCAAUAAGAUUGGGAUUAGCUCUUAAUUUUUCAGUAUUUUAUUAUGAAAUAAUGGGAAGUCCAGAUAAAGCCUGUAAAUUGGCCAAAUCUGCUUUUGAUGAUGCUAUUGCUGAGCUUGACACAUUAUCUGAAGAAAGUUAUAAAGAUUCUACCCUAAUCAUGCAAUUAUUAAGAGAUAAUUUGACUCUAUGGAAUACUGAUAUUCCACAACAAACUGAAGAAGAAUCAUCACAUCCAGAUCACAAUGAAGUUGCCCAUACUAAAGAUGUUGAUAGUUCUGAACAUACCAAAAAUACUGUGAAUACUGAACAAAUCGCUCAAAAAGCUGCUUAAAUACUAUAUGUUAAUCUCUUAUAAAUUAUAUAACAUUGCUAUUUGCUUAAAUAUUUUUUAAAAAUUUAUUAUUACUCCUUAUUUACAAAGAAUCUUAGAACUAAGAAAUUGUAUUUAGCAUGUAAAAAGAUUUGAAAGACACUAAAUACAGUAUAAAUUAAUUUUUUCACUUUAAAUGGUAUUAUAAUGUCUCACUUUUGCUCACUCUGUAUAUUUUGUAUUAAAAUUCACCAUUGUAAGUGGUAUUUGUAGUAUUGCAUUUCAUUGCUCAUUCUUUAAAUAUAUCAAAGCUUUGUGAUUUGUUAUAUUUUUAUUCCAUUUUCUCAAUAUACUUUCACCUUAAUAUACAGCAAUAUGUUGAUUUUCUUUUAAUGCCUUUUAGCGUUGUCAAUUAUUAUCUAUAUACUUUAAUUAUUGAUUUUAUACUUAAUCUAAUUUUUAUACAAUAUCUAUUUAUGAUUUAUAAAGUCAAUAAAAUAAUUUAAUAUAUUA